UUUCACCUUUUGCUUUCAACAGUUCAGGGCGUGUGCCAAAUAUUUCAGUGAAAAGGUAGAGACGAGAGAGACUAGGGAGCAAUCUAAUUCUAGUCUACACCCAGAUUCACCAAUCACCAACAAACAAACAAGAAGAUUAAAUAAUGGUGCUCUCUGACUUCACUGGAGUUGGUGUUGGAUUCGGGUUCGGUGUUGGCUGUGGAUUUGGCGUUGGAUGGGGUUUUGGAGGAAUGCCUAUGAACAUUUUAGGCGUUGGUGCAGGUGGCGGUUGCGGAGUUGGUUUGGGCCUCGGGUGGGGUUUCGGGACUGCUUUUGGGAGUCACUACCGAUCAUCUAGACUUACAUUUCAAGGCAUCGAGUUAGAGAACACCAAUAAUAAACGUGAGGAUAAGGCGGCCAACAUGUCCAAAACCACCACUUAAUAAGCAGUCUCAGAUUAUAGCCCCAGCUUGAUUACAUAGUAAAACCCUGCUUGGAUUUGAUUGUAAAAGAAUCAUCUUUUCUUCUUUCUCAGUGCAUAUCACUUCAGAGGUUCAGAUACGCGAAUCAAUAAUAUAUUCCGAACUGACUUUUUUCCACAA